AUGGCGGACAAAGUGGAGAGUCUCAUCGUGGGCAGAGAAACCCGGCGAAAUGCUGGAAACUUAAUGUCUAAACUGAUAGCAGAUGAGCAAGAAGUUGAUGAUUUUUAUAAAACAGCUUUUGGAGGUUUCGAAGAAGAAUCUGGGGAUGAGAAAUAUUCAACAGAGGAAGAAGAAGCGGACGUUGUAGACUCCGACUUUAGCGUCUCUGAGACAGAUGAAGUGAUAGAUGAUCAAGGAGAUGACGAACCGGUAAAAAAGCGAAAAAAGCAGUUCAUAAAGCCGUAUAAAGCUCCGAAGAAAGAUACUGCACCUUCGAAAGCUACUAAUAAGGAACCAGAAGUGAAAAAACGGAAAAGUUUCGAGGACGCUCCACGAGAAGGUGUGAGAAAAUCAACCAGGGCGCUUACAGUUGAACGCGCUGAGGCAACGAAGAAUCGUUUCAAACUUGAGAAGGAGAAAAAGAAUUUGCUUAAAAAGAAGCAACCGAAAAAGUUUCUCGACAUGAGGCGCCUUACUCAAGAAGAACUUUUAGCAGAGGCGAAAAUAACGGAAGAGGAGAACGUGGCUUCACUUCAAGCUUAUCAACAACUAGAGGCCGAUAAAAAGAAAACAAAAAUCCAGAAGGUUGCAUUAAAGGGCCCCAUUAUCCGCUUCCAUUCUUUGUCCAUGCCUGUCGUGGAAGUAUCAGAGCCUUUGGUGAAGGUUGAUGACAAUGAAGACGAGGAAGUAAAUGUAGAUUCAACGAAGAGGUGCUGCAGGAAUUUUUUGAUUUUCACAGAUGCAAAGAAUUUUCCCUCUGCAUACUUUCCCACUAAAAAACUCAAAGUUCCACACAGAACUUACUGUCCAGUCACAGGGUCACCAGCUCGAUAUCAAGACCCUGUCACUGGUUUACCAUUUGCAAAUGCCCAGGCUUUUAGAUGCAUAAGAGAGAGGUAUGCAAUGCAAGCAGAGGAAAUGAAAGGAAAGACUUCUGAACUUGAACAAAGAAGAGCCAGGAAGUUGUAA